CUCACUUCAAAACCUGUAAAUGCAUCAUAAAGUGUAGUUUCAAGGCUCGGUGAAUGUGGUGUGGUGUCUGACGAGUAGAUUACUGGGGGAUUUUCUUGUCAAGUGUCUGAAGUCACGGAGGGGUCAAGAUGGCUGGCGAGAGGCCUGCAAAGUAUAGGCAGGAGAUCCAGCAGAUGAUGUUCGUUAGUGGCGAGACAGCCGAACCAAGUGCAGAGACAACAUGGAUGAUCGAAGAGAUAGUACGAGAACAAGUGGUAGAAAUGCUCACUCAAGCCACUGUGCUUGCAAACCGACGUGGUUCUAAAUCUAUCGCCAUUGUCGAUCUCAUUUUCCAAAUCCGCCACGAUAGAGCAAAAGUAUCCAGGCUCAAGACCUUUCUCUCCUGGAAGGAUGUACGUAAGAAUGUCAAAGAUUCGGACGACAAAGGUGGUGGAGAUGCUGGAGAUGUUGGUGACUUCGAUGAGGCGGCUGGCGGUGUCAAUCCUUCUGCUCCACAAAAAACAAGUGGCAACAAGAAAGCGAAGCUCCUGUUGCCUUGGGAAGUCCAAUCUUUUUACUCAGAACAAGUCCCCGAACGAGAGGAUGAGGAAGACGAAGAAGAGGAGGAACAGAACGAAGCCACACUUGCGCGUCUAGCUUCAGCCGAUGAGCGCACGAAGAAUAUGACCAAGGAUGAAUAUGUCUACUGGUCCGAUUGUCGGCAAGCGAGUUUCACCUUCCGCAAAGGCAAGAGAUUCCGAGAAUGGGCAGGAUUUGGCACAAUACUUGACAGCAAACCGAACGACGAUGUGGUCGAUAUUCUCGGCUUCUUGACGUUCGAGAUUGUGCAAACGUUGACUGAAGAAGCACUCAAAGUGAAGGCUGCUGAGGACCUUGCGAACAAAAAGGCCAAUGGUGGACGCGGCGAUCAAGAUUCAAUGAAGAAGAGAAAGCGAGAAGGUUGCAGUCUGUUCGAGAUGCCCGAGGAAGGAAGGACACCUGUCGAGCCGAAGCAUGUCAGAGAGGGCUUUCGAAGACUGCAGGCCGUGCCAAACCGCUACAAGUUCAUGAGACAGGGCUUUGCAGGAAUGAGGACGCCCUUGAGGCUGAUAUGAUGGAUACUGUCGAGCAGGCGCUGAGAUUUUCAGGGGAGGAGUGGCCGAGGGGCAGUCCAAAGAUACCCGUUUGCAUCAUGUUUGAGUUCUAUUUAUGUAUGAUACGAGAAGCGCAGAGAUGCUCACAAUUCGUCGUUAUUCGAAAGA